UCCAGUGUCACUACUAUCUCAUUCAAAAGGUCUUCGUAGAAAAACCAUCUCUGCAUGUGGUCUCCUUCAGUCGUCAGAAAGGAAAAAGGGCCCUAGUAUCUUUCGUGUAUAGACGAGCUUCGAUCCGUGACUUCAUAAAUGCCUCCAGUAAAGUUUGGCAGCGGUGUUUUGAGACAGUGAUGGAGUUGAGUGAUUUUUUACACUCUCCUACGUCGGAAAAUGAAUUCAGGCUGAUCGAUGAUGACGAUGGGAAUGAUCGGCGAGCCGUCAAUCCGGAAUUCUUCAACUUUUCUUCAUUUCAAGAUUUAUGGGUCAGGAAGUCGGACAUGGAAGUUGGGAUAAAAUCAGCGGGUACUGCUUUGAUCAUGUUGAUUGGGCUCUUGGGAAAUGCCGCCAUGAUCACGGUCCUCAUGUACAACAAGCCACUCAUGCGAUCAUCAACGAACAUUUUCAUAUUGAACCUGAGCAUUGCUGACUUAUUAUACCUGAUGUUCUGUCCUGUGCCAUUCCUGUACAGCGACUUCUACCAAGCUUAUCCAUUAGGGGAGAUCUGGUGUUAUUUGUCCGCAUCAGUGUACCAUGUGUUCAGGCAAGCGAGUGCCCUUACGUUGAGCGUCAUCAGUGUGGACAGACUAUUGGGGAUCGCCAGACCUUGGCAGAAAAUGGGAGCUAGAACUGCCGUCGGGCUCUUGGCAGCGAUCUGGAUAGCUGCCAUUUGCUUGUCAGCACCCCUCAUGCUGUUCCGCAACUACACGGUGAGGAAAUGGAAGGACUUCGAAGAAAUCAACUGUGACGAAGAAUUUGACAUGAGGAAGUACUGGCUUUGCCUUUUGGUGUUUUUCAUUUGGCUACCCACUUUGCUCAUGCUCAUCGCAUAUUUGAGAAUCUUUUGCGUGCUGCGGCAAAACGAGAAGAACUACGGGAAAUACGGUAAAAGACCUUCUGAAGAUUUGCUGGUUUGUGGCACACCUUUUCAGCUUCAGCAGCUGCGCCCUGAAUCCACUGAUUUACGGGUUUUCGAGUGAGACUUACAAGAAAGCCUUCCUCCUGACAUUUCCGUGGUUAUUUUCAAGAAAGAAGCCGACGUUCGAGUUGACGAAAGAGUUGGGAGUCGGAAGAAGGAGAUAUUUUUGGAAAGCCGUAUUGGCAGAA